CUCUCAAACCGCCCCCUAUUGGCCGAGAACAUAUCAACAACAUAGUUCAAGUUUCACCGUCGAGCGGCUAUGUUGUCCGUUGCCGUCCGGCCGCGCGCUGUGCUAUGUUAUAAUUUCCCAUCAAUGAACACCUGUGCAUAUUGUUUUUGAGUACGCGUUCCGCCGCCGCCAGCAACGUCGAACCAACAUUAUUACUUCAAUAUAUCCAAAUGUGCGCGCCACAGUGAUACCUAGCAGUUUUUAAUUGUAAAUUUUUGUGUUCAACGACUUCGCAUCCGCAACAGCAAAUCACCAGCGACGGACAACAACCUGCGACGAAGAUAAUCUCGAUAAAUAAUCUCAAGCUAAUAAGUGCGCACGACAACCGGCAAACCGACAUCGAAUUGCGCUCUAGUGUGUGAUUAAUAUUCGGAAAAGAAAUUCGAGUGUGUGUGUUCGAAUGUAUACGCUACGCACCGGAGGAGGAGGCACUUCUUAACAUUGUGUUUCUUGUUGGAUAUCCGAUAGGAAUGUUUAGAGGGCGUCUACACGGCGAGCAUGUGAUGCGCCGCGAUGCCCACCCUGUCCGCGGCGCCUGAGCUCAGUUCCGGCGGCCGCAGCGAGCGGCAACAACCAGCACCCCAGCUCACCGGCGCACAGCAGCGUACGAUGAGCCCCGAGCAGGAGGCGAGUCCGCCUCCGGCGGCGCCCGGCGCGUCGCCACCGCCGCCGCCCGCUACGCACCUCCCCACAUCACCGGCGAUGUCCUCGCUGCAGGACACGUCCGACGUGGAGCAGUUUGCCGGUAAGAUCGUCUACAACCCCGACGGUUCGGCGUACAUCAUCGAAGACUCGGAGAGCGAAAGCGAGCAAGCACCGCAAACCGAAGUGGUACCACCUCUGCAAGCUGUGUACGUGUCGCGACUCCUGCGACAAGCGCGCACUACCACCGCCGCCGAACAACCAGCAGUACACAGUUAUCGCGUGAUUGCGUUGAGGGACGCGCGACCACCACGGCCGCAGUCCGUGCCAGUCAAACCUAUUCUGAUGUGUUUCGUGUGCAAGCUGAGUUUUGGGUUCGCGCGUUCUUUUGCUAACCAUGCGCAGUCUGAACACGGCGUCGCGCUGAAGGAUAGUGAACGCGAGGUGCUCGCCGCCGACUGCUCAGCGAUUCUGCAGUGUGUUGGUGCUGAUAAACGACCAAUGGUUUCCUUAUUGGAACCUUUGGGUGCACCGACGCCUCCAUUGUUAGCGGCUUCCGAGAUAACCGGCGUCAACGCUUCGGUGCCGGUAUCGAUGAACCCGCCCAGUUUGCCGCAGUCAGAGACACCUCCGACGAGCACCUCAUCGGCACGCAAUACGCCCGGCAAGUCGCCUUCGCCGCCGUUUGCACAGCCGCCACAGUUCCUCACCGGCACCACGAUUGGUGUCUGUCCUGAGCAUCUGCAGGGACGGCCCUCGGGUGCCGAUUGCGCUCGCUGCGAGAUGAUCCUCGCUUCGGGUCGACUGGGUCCAGCCGGGCUUGGUAAUGUGCACAGCCGCAACUCCUGCAAGACGCUCAAGUGCCCCAAGUGCAACUGGCACUACAAGUACCAGGAGACGCUGGAGAUACACAUGAAGGAGAAGCAUCCCGAGGCGGAGACCAGCUGUAUCUACUGCAUUGCCGGGCAGCCACAUCCGCGGCUCGCACGUGGCGAGACAUACACGUGCGGAUAUAAACCCUAUCGCUGCGAAGUGUGCAACUACUCGACCACAACCAAAGGAAACCUCAGCAUCCACAUGCAGUCUGACAAGCAUCUCAAUAACAUGCAGGAGCUGCAAAAUGGCGGUGCGCCCAACGUCGAAGUACGGCAAGCAUCACCGAAAGCACCACCACUGCAUCACACUCCGGUGAGUAGUGGCGGAGGUGGCGGAGGGCACAAACCCAAGCCGAGUUUUCGCUGCGACGUUUGCAAUUACGAGACCAACGUGGCGCGCAACCUGCGUAUCCACAUGACCUCCGAGAAGCACACGCACAACAUGCUCGUCCUGCAACAGAACGUCAAACACAUGCAGACGUUAUCAGCCCUACAGCACCACCAACAACAACAGCACCCCGCUGCGCAACCACAUCUAGAGGGUCUCUAUGGGAUGUACCCUGGAUUGGGUGACAAACCGGAAGCGGCCCUGGCUGAUAUGGCUUACAAUCAGGCACUGCUCAUUCAAAUGAUGACUGGUGGGCAGAUACCCGGCCAUGGAGCGCCUGGUGCUGACAUGACCCAGCAUGCCGACAUGGGUCUCAAUCCGGAGACAAUGGAACCGCCCCCGGAGCCAGCGGACCCAGACCCCGAACGCACCUACCACUGCUGUGUGUGUAACUGCUUCGCCACCGACAGCCUCGAGGAUCUCGGGCGCCAUCUCGCUCAGGACCGCACGCGGCUGCGCGAGCAGGAGAUCCUCGCCGUCGUCGCCGGCCACUACGUGUGCAAACUGUGCACAUACAAGACAAACCUCAAGGCCAACUUCCAGCUGCACUGCAAGACUGACAAGCACCUCCAGCGGCUGCAGCACGUCAACCACGUCAAGGAGGGCGGGCCACGCAACGAGUGGAAGCUCAAGUACGCGUCGGCGCCGGGCGGCGUGCAGAUACGCUGCAAUGCAUGCGACUACUACACCAACUCAGCGCACAAGUUACAGCUGCACGCCGCCGGCGGGCGGCAUGAGGCUGGCGUUGCACUGCUACGCCACGUGGUCGAUCGGUGCGCCACGCUACGACCGGAACAACCACGCGUGUUCCACUGCUCGCUGUGCUCAUUCUCAGCGACCAACCGCCUGCCACUGCUGCAGCAUGUCCGAUCUCUCAAGCACUUGCAUCUCGAGCAAUUGCACCAGCUGCAGCGGCGCGCCGAAGGCAAGGAAACCGCCCCCGAGAUUGGCGAAGUGUUUCACGUCGUACCUGGACCCGUCGAACAAUCCAUUUCGGAGCGAAGAGACAGCGUCAAUUCGGAGCAGUCGAAUCAGGCCGAGAAUCAUCAGCUCGGCGGCAAGGAGUUCAAGUCGGAGCCGUGCGACGACGAUAUGGUCGUUGGCGGCGGCGGCGAUGCGGCGAGUGGCGGCGCGCACCAUGUGUGCCCGUAUUGCGAUUACGCGAGCGACUCAGAAAUGCGCAUUCAGGCGCACGUGCUCGCCCAGCACGGUACGAAUCACAGUUCCUCGGAGCCGAGCUUUCAAUGCCCCCUGUGUCAGGACGCGUUCAAAGAUCGCUCCAGCCUCGAGCGGCACGUCAUGCAGAUUCACUCAGUUAACAGCGAGGGUCUGCAGCGGCUGCUGAUGCUCGUCGAUCAGAGCCACUGGCUCAACCGGUCGCCGAAUCAUCUCAAUCCCGGCCAGCUGACGUCGCCGACGUCUGUGUCUUCCAAGGACAGCAAGCACACGCUAGAGAAGGCGUCCACGCCUAAUCAUGCCGUCGACCUGGAGAAUGAUCUCAUGUCGCCGACGCACAGCGACGAUGCCAGCGAUGUCGCUGAAUUCGAGCGGUGCGCUACGUGCUUGAAGAGUUUCAAAAACAUCGAUGAGUUGUGCUACCAUCAGAACGAGACCGGUCACCUGGAGAUUAAACAGACUCCUAGUGGACCCGGGUAUGCAUGCUGGAAGAAGGGUUGCAAGCAAUUCUUUCCCACAGCACAAACACUCCAGAUGCACUUCAAGGACGUGCACGCCAAGAACUCGGUGACGCAGAUGAGCGUCUCCGAAAAGCACGUGUACAAAUACAGAUGCAAUCAAUGCUCCUUAGCGUUCAAAACUCUAGAAAAACUGCAGCUCCAUUCGCAGUAUCAUCUAAUUCGCGACGCGACCAAGUGCGUGCUGUGCGGCCGCAGCUUUCGGUCGCUGGUCGCGCUGCACAAGCACGUUGAAAGCGUGCACUCGGAGCUCACCGACGACGAGCUCAAUGCGUACAAACAGAGUCUCAUGAACAACCCGCUAUUACUCGCCGGGCUUCAAGGUCAAGUGUUGGAUAGCUCCACCAAUGACAUUUUGAAGAAAGAGUCGCUGCGUUCCGACGACGUUGAGUCUGUUGCUGACGGCGACGAUAGCAAAGAGUUGUCCACCAGCCAUGACGAUAGUAACGCCAACGAUGGCGAAAACUCAAACGAUAGUAUCAUUUACAAAGAUCAGCAAUUCCUAGAAGAUUACCUGAAUAGUCAGGCGAUCGCCGAGGACAGCUACAAUGACCCGAAUAGAAAGUACAAGUGCCACCGCUGUAAGGUGGCGUUCACGCGGCAAAACUACCUCACCGCCCACAACAAAACCCUUUUGCACCGCAAGGGCGAGAAACUUAGCUACCCCAUGGAGAAAUACCUCGACCCCAAUCGGCCGUACAAGUGCGACGUGUGCAAAGAGAGCUUCACGCAGAAGAAUAUUCUCCUGGUGCACUACAACUCGGUGAGUCAUCUGCACAAGCUCAAGCGCGCCAUGCAAGAGCAGCAGCAGAACAACAACAAUAAUAAUCCACCGGUGUCGCCCGUCACUGGCGGGCAGUCUGCUGGACAAGCACCAGGUACGCCGAAAAGUACGUCGAGUAAUGAAGAUGACGACAAAAAGCGUUAUCGAUGCAAUAUUUGCAAAGUGGCGUACACACAGGGGUCGACGCUAGACAUUCACAUGCGUUCGGUGCUCCACCAGACGCGCGCCUCCAAGUUGCAAGACCUCGCCAUGGCCGGCCAGAUUGACCUUUCAAAGCCACUCAUUGAACAACCCGAUGCGGCUGCCGUGCAGUCUCCGAAGCAUGCCAGCCCGACGCCUGGCGGAGGGGAGAAGACAUCCCCCACCCCGCCGGCCGCGUCGCCCGUGCCCUCGGCAGGUAGCGCAGGUAGCCAGGGGAUGAUGCCGGCGUGCCCCAAGUGCGGCGCGCUCUUCAGCUCGGCAGAUCAGUUGAGUGUUCACCAGCAGCUGUACUGCAUGUUCGCCGCGCCGAACAUGGCCAUCUUCCAAGCACAAGAGCCCGGCACGGCGAAAAGCCCGCCGCCAGCGAGUGCCGCCGGCGAGCAGCCGCAGCCGAACGACGCCGCCAACCGACUGAGUUUACCAAAGAGAAUCAACUCGCAAAUGCAGAAACAUUUGCUUGAGAGCUACGGCUUCGACGUAGUGAUGCAUUACAACGAGAGCCAGCACCGCCGACGCCAACUGCAGCAGCAGCAGAAUGCGGCGGCCGACGAGAGCAAGCGGGCGACGACGACGGCGUCGCCGCCAGCCGCCGCCUCAACCGCCGCAACGACCGCCGAUGAUCACGAAGCCACUUCGCGGCCAACGGAGGACGACAUUGAAAACAACUUACCCGAAUUCAAGAACGAAUACGAAAAGAAAACGGUGGUGGUGACAGCGGCGACGUCGUCGACGACUGCGCUGAAUUGCAACAACCCGGACGGCGGCAAUGGCGGCGGCGACCAGCCGGAGAAAGACGACGAGUCGAAAGAGGCGCUACACGCCAAGUUGAACCUGCACACGCCGCCCGAGGCGCACUCGACAGCGCCCUCAACGCCGACGUCGUCCUCGACGACGCCGGCAAGCAGCACCGACUCGCUGCCGGCGAAUAUACAAGCGAUGAUCGCACAAUCGAUGGCCCAGAAUCCGAUGGCAUUCGCGCAGCAGGUCAGCGAGAUGCAGGCGGCGCUCAAUGUCAUGCAGCUGCAACAGCAGCUCAACUUCAACCCGAUGAUGCAGAUGAUGGGCAUGGGUCUGCCGUUAGGUCUCAACGCGCUCGCCGCGAUGAAUCUUCAGCCGCCGCUCGUGCCGUUGAUGAUGCCGCCGCCGCCGUUCGACGCCAUGCAGCAGUUUGCGCCGCAGGAACAGCAGGCCAUGAUGGCCAAGCAGCAACAGGCGGCAAUGAUGCAGCAGCAAGCAGCUGUUAGCGCGGCCGCAAACCAGAAACGCGCCCGCACGCGCAUCACCGAUGACCAGCUGAAAAUUCUACGCGCGCACUUCGACAUCAAUAACUCACCCUCCGAGGAGCAGAUUCACGAGAUGGCAUCACAAUCCGGCCUGCCACCGAAAGUUAUCAAACAUUGGUUCAGAAACACGUUGUUUAAAGAACGACAGCGUAACAAAGACAGUCCGUACAAUUUCAAUAACCCACCAUCGACGACGCUCAAUCUGGAAGAGUAUGAAAAGACAGGUGAGGCGAAGGUAAUGCCACUGAAUAGUUCCGGCAGUAGCGCCGAGGAAAUCAAAAGUAAAGAAUCACCUCCGCCGCCCUUUCAAGCGGCUGAAAUUAAGACAGAGUUGAAAGAAGAACCUGUCGACGAGUCACACAUCGAAAAGCAGCUUGAAUCCGAUGAGAAGCCAAACAUUUUCAAUCUGCCGCCUCACCUUCAACCGCCUCAGAGCCCGGCGUCUUCGAUGAGUAGUACUGAUAACAACCAACAUACCACAUCAGCACCAUCCACACCGAAUAAUCUGACGUUGACUUCGAUCAUUGCUUCGCAGUUGGGUGAUAGUAUUAUUACAACGAGCACGCCGUCCCAGAUGAAUAUGGCUGCCUCCCCGAUGUUGCCUCCACCAAAGUUGAAUCAACAGAACUACCAGACACCUAACGCGUCUCUACAGGGAAUGUUACCACUCACUCCGAAUAGAUGUCUCAGUCCGAAUCGCGAUUUCGCCAGUAUGAAUUCCAACAGUAAUAGUUCCACUGGCAGUAGUGGUAAACGCGCUAAUCGUACCCGAUUCACAGACUAUCAGAUUAAAGUCCUUCAAGAAUUUUUCGAAAACAAUGCGUAUCCAAAAGAUGAUGACCUCGAAUAUUUAUCGAAAUUAUUGAGUCUUAGUCCGCGUGUGAUUGUGGUAUGGUUCCAGAAUGCGCGUCAGAAAGCACGCAAAGUGUAUGAAAACCAACCGGCUGCUGAACCAAGCCCUGGACCUGCUGAGCAAACAUCACCGGCUGCAGCUGGAGGUGAAGCUGGUGCCAAUCGUUUCCAACGCACUCCUGGUCUUAACUACCAAUGCAAGAAGUGUCUCUUGGUAUUCCAACGGUAUUACGAGCUUAUUAGACAUCAGAAGACUCAUUGUUUUAAAGAGGAAGAUGCUAAGAGAUCAGCGCAAGCCCAGGCUGCAGCUGCACAGAUUGCUGCAGUGCUCAGUUCGGAAGAUUCUAAUUCAAGUACGACAAUUGAACAAAACAAUACGCAACCACAGCCACAAACACCUGGUGCUCAACCUCAGGGGCCAUCGCAAAGCCCAGUGCAACCGAUUCAAUCUACGACGCCCACUCCGAGUGGUCAGAAUACGCGACCGCCGUCCCCGGCCGCCUCCCCAGUGGAUUCCAACAAAGACGGGACCUUCCAAUGUGACAAGUGCAAUCUAGUUUUCCAACGUUUUGACCUCUGGCGUGAACAUCAGCUGGUCCACAUCAUGAAUCCGAGUUUAUUCCCAGCGUACCCACCGGAUUCUCCGUUUGGUAUUUUACAACAGCAUGCGCAACUGCAACAGUUGCAGCAGGGUGUAGGUGUUACCGAUUUAUCGACACUCAGUGAUAAGUCAGCUUCACCGAUUCCGCUUCCGCUCAUCAACAUGUUGAAUAACGUGACCGCGCAGAAGCGUAAACUUGAAGAGUACGACGGUGAGAGUGAUGUAUCAGACCAGCCGAAAGACAAACGCUUGCGGACGACUAUUUUACCCGAACAGUUAGACUACUUAUACCAGAAGUACCAGAUCGAGAGUAAUCCAUCACGCAAAAUGUUGGAAAAUAUUGCGCGUGAAGUUGGUUUGAAGAAACGUGUUGUCCAGGUGUGGUUUCAGAACACUCGGGCGCGUGAACGCAAAGGUCAGUUUCGAGCCCAUGCGCAAGUGAUCAAUAAACGUUGCCCAUUCUGUCCAGCUCUGUUCAAAGUCAAGUCUGCACUCGAAUCACAUCUUACCACCAAACAUGCAGACCAAUGUGCACGAGGUGAGAUCAACAUUGAUGCCCUACCCGAUGAAGAAGCCAGUCUCGAAUCUUCGCCCAGUUUGAGUUCCGGUGGUGAUAACAAGUUUGGCGGCUUGGCAGCCAAUAUGAUGCCACCAUUAUUUCCCAACUUGCAUCCGGACAUGGAGAACUCCAUCAAGAAGUACUACGAAGAGAGCAUGAAGCGUUACAUUAGUGAACUGCAGGCGCACGCGUCCAAUGGAGAUAAAAGUGAGAUCAAAGGUGAGGAAAAAGAGGAAGGUGGUGAGAUCCCUUUAGAUUUAUCUAAACCGGUAGAUUUGUCACAUCCAAUGAAGGUCAACAUGGAUCAUGAGCGUAAUUUGUGUGAUCCAGGUCCGUUGACUGAUUUGAGCGAAAGGUCUUUGUGUGAUGAGCGCAUGUCGGAUUCAAUGUCAGAAACGGCGGAUUUUAUGUACGAUGAGAGCAACCCGACUUCUCCGGCGUCGAGUACUCAGAGCAUCAACACUCCAGCCAGAGCAGGGAAUACCACCAGUACACCAAACUCGAAUUCCAAUGCAAACAAGCGUUAUCGAACACAGAUGACUGCCGUGCAAGUUAAAGUAAUGAAGAUUUUAUUCACCGACUACAAAACACCCACGAUGGCUGAGUGUGAGAUGUUGUCCAGAGAAAUAGGACUUCCUAAGCGUGUGGUGCAGGUGUGGUUCCAAAAUGCGCGUGCCAAGGAAAAGAAGGGAAAAAUUGCCCUACAGAAAGUGCUUGGUACUGAAAGCACAGAAACAACCACGCCAACCCUACCAGAUGAUUGCAAAUUCUGUGGGUUUAAAUACUCGCAUAAGUAUUCCAUCCAAGACCACAUCUUUACCAAGAAUCACAUCAAUAACGUGCGCACGCAUCUUGAAAACGCUAGCAAAGACAACGCCAAUUCCGAAAGCGGAGAAUUCCAGGUGCCGCCAAUUCCAGGCGCAUCAGUGUCAGCAGACUCCACCACUCAUCCAGCCGGAGGCCAGCAGACUCUCAAUAACAACACCCACCUACAACUGCUUCAAAUGGCUGGCAUGCAAAUGGCUGCCGCCGCCGUCAAGGGAGAAAACAGCGAUGAAAACAAUCAAGAGGCGCUUUUCCAACAACUGUACGCGUUGGGCAACAGCGGCAACUUCGGGGGCCAGAAUCAGUUCAUGCAUCAUCCAAUGUUUGGCGCAAAUGGGCGAACCGGAGGACUGCUUCUAGACACCGGCGCCGGUCCGACGUUCCUGCCGCUUCCAGCAGGUGUAAUGGAGCGUAUUGCUGGCGACGACGCCGACGAACCGGGAGUGACCACAAUCCGCGCUCCACCAUCUCAAUCAUCAGGUGCGAAUGAUGCACACUCGCGUGAUUAUCCGGCGCGUGAAAUCGACCUCGAGCUGUGCUUCGUGUGCAAAAAGUGUCGCGUUGCUUUUCCGGGCGAGUCUCCGCUGUUGAUCCAUCAGCGGCAGUGCUUCAGCGGUAAACAGGACGCACGCGGAGCCUUCCGCAUCGUUCAAAUCGGCUACGAGUGCAAACUCUGCGUCGGCGAACGUUUCAAGACCUUAUUGGACCUGCGCAAGCACUGCGAGACCAGCGACCAGCAUCUGAAGAUCAUCACGGGCGCCCUGCCGACGGAGAAUCCUCUAAGUCACGAAAUGGAGGAUGUCGUCAAUCAGAUUACUCUGUUGGCGGCGCGAGCCGCCCAAGAGUCGUCACCAGCAGUCGAUUCCAACUCGAAUGCGUUCGCUGCACCGGAACCUAAACGACGGUUUUUGCCACCACCACCGGAAGCACUAAAAUUGACUUAAAACAAAAUUGUGACUUUAUAAAAAACAUGGACUUUGAACGCCUCGCCACUCGUCGUUGUUUAAAUAAUAUUAGAUUUAUAUUGUUACUACUCUGAUGAUGAUGAUAAUGAUGAUGUUUGCGUUCUACUUUACUUAGUAUUCGCCUACAACUAAAUUUUAAACUUAAAACGUGAACAAAACACGAAAAAUCAACUCAAAGUUCCUAAACGCUGACGAUCGGAUCGGACACACACCUACACACAAGAAGAGGAAAUCUGGUAUCAUUCACACAUUGUAAUCAACCACCAAACCACCAACCCUCUACUUCUAUCAGUUGCUCUAAUCAAACAAACGAAAUUAUUUGGGUAAGUCAUUUGACUCUACAAACAGACAGCUAACGAAGAGAAGGCACAGAAAGAAAAAAAAACACUAAAUUAAUAAGCAAUGAAUAGUGAAUAUAUAUUAUAUUUACAGCUGAUCUAUUUUUAAACGUUAUAUAUAUACAUAACAUAUAUAUAUUAUACAUACAUUAAUUAUAUCGUAGUUCGUUGUGUGUCAGUGUAGUUAUUGUGUAUAGUCGACGUAGAAAAAACAAGAAAAGGUCCGAUGAUUCCUAUCAGCAACGUAUAGUUACUAAAACAAAACACAUGAAUAUUGCCACAUUCAAAUAUGGCACCCAAUCAAAAUGGCGACGACGAGUUGAAGCGACGAGUAACAAAAAAGCUACAAAAACAACAAGCUAAACACUAUAAAUAAAAUUAGAGUAUUGUACAUAUUAAUAUGGAUACUAAUUCCAGUGGAAACUUACUGCGAAUAAGACACAUAAACUAACAAGACAUUUCGACACUUGAUAAGAGUUAGCGAAAAACAAAAUGAAAUGUAGCUGCCAGAGUUCCUCAUUUCUAUUAUACAAAACUGCGACUACAAUGUUCCUAAAAAACAAAUGCAACACACACAAAAAUGAUGAAGAUGAAAGCGGAAGAGAAAAAAAAACAAACGAGAUGUAGAUAUACUGUACUGCAUGCAGAUGGUGUCUCCAAGAAUCAAAUGAAUAGCGCGCUGAGUCGUGUGCGCACACGCACGACUCGCACGCGCGCAAAUAAUCGAGGGUUCCGCGCGACUUAAGCCAGCAAUUCGAUUAGAUCAUAAUCCGCGGCGAAAACUACACGCGGACCCAGUAAAACAAGUUCCUAUAACGCCCGCGUUCGGCCCGCAAACAAACAAAAAGCUAACUUAUAACAAAAAACAAAAAUUAAAACUAAAACAAAAGUUCCUCAAAAACGAUCGAAACAAACGAAGCAUAAUAUUCGCAUGCAACGCGUCGAGCGCGGGCGCUUUUUUUAUUCAUUAUAUUUAAAUUAUUACGUAAAUGAUGAAAGAAAGAUGAAAUUGAGAUGAAAAAUGAAAUCUUUUAUUACUUAUUACUAUUAUUAUAAAGUUAUAGAUAUGAAAGGCGUGCGUGUUUAAACAGAUGAAUUAGCAUGCUAUAUAUAAUAUAAAUAUUAUAUAUAUUAACAAUUGAACGACACAAAGUAUGAUUAAUGUAUAUGUACGAGUAUAUAUAUAUAUAAAUAUAAAUAUCAUCGCUGGUUUCUUUCAACAACAAGAGUUAAAAGUUACACAAACAAAAAAAUCGCAAGCUGACGCUUCUUAUCCUUCGGUUUCGAACCUAACCUCACUCACACGAUUAUUAUACACGUUUAAUAACUCGGUGCGGAUCGUUUCGUUCUCUCGUCGUGGUACUAAUCGACUAAAAACUCUUUUAAUCGCAGCCAGCAUCUCAUGCAAGACGUGUAAGAGUAAAACAAACAAAAAAAUACUUCAUUAAAACAUGAAAAAUUGGUUCCUACUAAUUACUAAUAAUCGAUACGGUGUUUAAGUAAUAAUAUAGUUAUGUUUUAAACAAGCAAAAAAGUAACGUUGGUUCUAGCUAAAAAAAAACCUAAUAAUAAUGGCCGGCGGAAAAUUGUACGUAUGAUAUUUAAAAAUUGAAUAACAUGAAUGAUAAACUAACACACACAAAAAAUAAUACAUAUAGCGGUAGCGAGCGAGAAUGGUACAUAAUAUAUUUAAAACAAAUUUUAAAUAUAUAAUUAAUAAUAAUAUUAAUGAAGACGCGAUGGUGGGGACGGUGAAGAAAACUCUUAGGUUAUAAUAUGAUAAACAAAAACAAAACAAAACGUAUCCAAAAUAACUCAAAUUGGGAAACACUCCGGUGUGACCUGCCUCGCAUUCUAGUGAGUUGAUUUGGAACUAAGUGUGAUUGUUGAAACUCGCGCGCAUGCGCACACUUACACCACGCAGCUCUGACGCGCUACGCACCGAAAUUAUCAACGAUAAACGUUGAGUUUUAAUGAAAACAAAUUCAAACAAAAAACCCAAACAUAAAACAUAUCGGUUGAGAUGUGCAAACAUUGAUUUUAAACGGACUGGAAACGCUUCUGGUUGAUAAUUUGCCCCGCCCAUACGUGUGACAGAGUGUGCGCGUGCGUAAGUCGCGCUGUCAUGCGCGCGAGACAAACCUAGCAAUGCUAAGUGAAUGUGACACGUGGCGCGUGCGCUCGCCGCUCGCCGGUGGCGCCCCCUCCACCUCUGACGUAUUACACGAUUAUUAUUACUAUUCAUAUUAUUAUAUUAUUAAUUGUAUAAGGACAAGUGUGUAUUUAUCGACGCGUGCGCAACGUGGACGAAAUUGGACGACGAACGAUUUGUUGACGAAAUUCUCCUCUUUCUUACAUUGGACGUUUUUCAAAACGGAAAAAACCACCACCAUUGAAAACCAGCUCGAAACAAACAAAACUAACAAAAGCGUCCGUAAACGUGGUUCCUAAUAUAUUUCAUAUCGCAAAAUUUAUUACUAAAAUAUACUUACAAAGAAGAUGAAAGUUUUUAUGACACACUGGAGGAAAGAAUUGUAACCGAAAACUCAGAAAUACUGAUCAUGCAGACGAUGAACGUUUUGUUGACGCCAUUAUUGUUAAAAUUAAUUCUUCGCUUUGUUUUUUUUAAACAGAAAGUAGAAAAUGCUCAAUCGAAAUAUUUCUCUCAUGCACUCGAAUUGUAUAACCAAACCAAUCUUGUAUUCUAACACUUGUUUUUCAGCCCUAUACUUACAAAGAUGCUAACUAACUGACUAACACCAUCUAGCGGACGGUAGCGUUGAAUUUCUUCCACUACUAGCUUUGUAUCACACGCAUGACUUUCACUUUUGCACACAAUUUCCAUUCUUGUAUUAUUUCUUCAUUUUUUGUGUUAUUCAGAGCGGAAUUUUGUUUUACUGGUAUAAUUUUUUAAGUUUUAUCGCGAACCCCUUAUGAUUGAUUAAUUAUGCAGUGCAGUUAUAUUGAAAUUUGGUUUUGUUUUUGAUUUAUUACGAAAUGUUUUAUCCGACACUCUUUACGAUGACACCACACGAAAUAACACACACGUUAUAAUUUAUGAUUGUACAUACGUUGAUUAUUACCUACUCUGAUUUUGUUUUUAAUUUCGCACACAAAAACCGACUUCUGUCCACUGUGUUGUACAUACAAAGCCAGUAAUAUAAGUUAUGUACAGAAGCAGAGGAGUUGAAACACAUGAGUUGCAUCUUUGUAAAUAUAAAUAUAGAAAUGCUGUACAAAACAUAUAAACAGCGUUUUCGUUGUCCUGGCGACGGCGACGAAAAUGUACACUAGCGCAUUUAUUUGCUAUGAUUUGACCGAGACCGAUGAUUUGACGAUGAAUGGUGUUUUAAGUAACAAUACGAAUAUUAUUAUAAUUAUUAUUAUUAUUAUAAAUUAUGAAUUAUAUUUACGCUAUGCGUAAGACUUUGAAACAAACAACAGUGAUCAUAGGAUAAGUUUACGAAUCUGAUAAUAUGACUAGAUUAUUAUUAUUAUUAUUAUUAUUAUUAUUAUUAUACGAGAACCUAUUAUUGUACAUUAUUUAUUUGUGAAAAUGCAAGCUACUUUUUAGACAUUUGAAAUAUUUUUCGUUUUUAUUUUAUUUGAUUUCUAUCGCAAGAUACGAUCGCCACUUCUCUCCUCGAAUAAAGAAACACUUUUUUGUGAUGUAAAUAAAAUUUAGUUUUUAUGUAAUUUAUGUAAUUCGAUAAGAGACGAUGCAGAUGAACAUAGACGCGCGUGUAUGAGAGAGAAAAAUUAACAACAACCAAACAAAAGAAGCAAACAUUGAGAAAAGAUUGUUUUUCGAAAAAAUGGAAAAUUCGAGUGCAUCACACACAUACACUUAUUACAAAUUAUUGUUUAUUUAUUGUUGAUUGACGCGGUGGAGAAAAAUGAGUUUUUUGCUUUAUUACCAAUUAUUACACAUUAACGAAACAAAUCACUGACGAAUGGAUUGUUUUUCUUUUUGGUUUUUCUUUUAAUUUUUCUACGCAUUAGACUUUAUUUCGAAUCAUUUACACUCCACAUUCACAAACGAAAUGCAUAACAAUAUAAAAUGAGAUGAACAAUGUUGAUGAUGAUGAUGAUUUAUUAUGAUGAAAACUCCCCGACAGAAUCUGUUGCGUUCGUUUUUGGUUGUUACCUUUUCCCGGUGAGCAAAUGUGAACGAUGUUUGCAUGCAAACAGAGAACUAAACAACACACUGAAACACAUACACCAUCCCCGAAAUCUAUUCAGUUUUCGAUAACAUACAAAACAAAGAAACGUAAUACUGAAAAUUAUUGAGCAUGGAAAUAAAUGCAACGGACAGAAACGAAAUCACGAAACCAAGAUACAAGAAACGCAAAAACAAACAAGCAUAAUAAUUAUUACGAUGAAUCAAUAAUGAAUAUUAAUAAUAAUAAUUAAUAGGUAAAUGUUUGUAUCCUACGGCUUGUGCCGCCUCUCAUUUUGUGAGUGUAUAUGAAAGUCAAAUAAACUACAUAGUUUAUCAUAAAA